UAAAAUGGAAAACCCACCAUUUGACGAUGAGCAGUUUUUCUCUCACCCGAAACAACUCUCCCAAAACAACUCUUAUCUUCUCUCUUUCGCUUCCUAACCUCCCUCUCUCCUCCUCCUCUGUACGCCUACAGUGAACCCUAUCGUCUCUCUCUAAGCUCCAUCACUGUUGUGCUAUCUCUCCCUUGCACAAGGUACCUGGAAACGAAGUCGUUUUAUCGUUCUCUCGUCUCGACUCGAGCAUGGAGUUGUAGUCUUUAUCAGUAAAGUCUCUCUUACUUUAUCUGCUUUGUGAAGGACAAACAUGGACUUUCACCACAACCACCUCUCAAAAGACCUUCCUCUCCAUCACUUUUCACUACAACAACAGUUACCGGAAACUUCCAGCACUGCGCCACCACCGAAUUGGCUCAACACCGCUCUCCUGCGCAACCAACCGCAGCAACCACCAUCAUCGCAACAACCUCCGAACUUCUCGGACACUAACAACUUCCUCAACCUCCACACCACACCUAAUUCCGACUCUACGCCCUCUCAGUCCUCCAACCAAUGGCUCUCCCGCUCCGCCUCGUCACUCCUUCAUCGCAACCACAGUGACGUCAUCGACGACGUGGCUGUAGCCGCAGCGACAGCCGGUGACUCCAUAAUCGCCAACGCUAUCUCGCACGACUCUGCAGAUUUGAAGAAUAACAGCAACGCCGAAACCAUGAACCACAAGAGUGACUGCGCGAUGGUGAAGAGUGGCGCCGGUGGAGUUGCUGAGCGAGUGGUAAACUGGCAGAAUGCAAGGUAUAAGACGGAAAUACUGUCGCAUCAGCUGUACGAGCAGCUCCUGUCGGCGCACGUAGCAUGCCUGCGUAUCGCGACGCCUGUGGAUCAGCUGCCGAGGAUCGACGCACAAUUGGCUCAGUCGCAGAAUGUGGUGGCGAAGUACUCAGCCUUGGGUGGCGGGGGCCAAGGCAUGGUUGGUGAUGAUAAGGAGCUUGAUCAGUUCAUGACACAUUAUGUUCUCUUGCUUUGUUCCUUUAAAGAGCAACUGCAACAACAUGUCAGAGUGCAUGCAAUGGAAGCAGUAAUGGCUUGCUGGGAGAUAGAACAGUCACUACAGAGCUUAGCAGGGGUUUCUCCUGGUGAAGGAACGGGGGCAACAAUGUCGGAUGAUGACGAUGACCAAGUGGAUAGUGAUACUAACUUGUUUGAUGGAAGUUUGGAUGGUCCCGAUAGUAUGGGAUUUGGUCCCCUAAUUCCAACAGAGAGUGAGAGGUCCCUGAUGGAGCGUGUGAGGCAAGAGCUGAAGCAUGAACUAAAACAGGGUUACAAGGAGAAAAUUGUAGACAUCAGGGAGGAAAUUUUGCGCAAGAGAAGAGCAGGGAAACUUCCUGGCGACACAACAUCUGUUCUAAAAGCUUGGUGGCAGUCACAUUCCAAAUGGCCAUAUCCUACGGAAGAGGACAAGGCAAGGCUGGUGCAGGAAACGGGUUUGCAGCUUAAGCAAAUAAACAAUUGGUUCAUCAAUCAGAGAAAGAGAAACUGGCACAGUAAUCCCUCGACUUCAACCGUCCUGAAGAGCAAGCGCAAAAGAAGUAAUGCAGGUGAAAAUAGUGGCAGCGACCGUUUCGUGUAACUGGACGAAUGAAUCAACAAGUGAUCUCCGAUCAAGGCUUCCAAUCAAAUAAUGAAACCAACAAACAUUCAUGGAACUUCCAUGGAAUUGGAAUGAAUUGCUUCUGUAAAAGAAAGACUCAACGUGGAGGAUGAGAAGGAUGUGAUGAUGAACCUAGUUUGUGCCAUUUAGAGGUAUGCUAUAAUGCUAAGCUCAGAAGACGCACUAGUAUGUAAUUUUAUUAGGGAGUUUCAGAAUUUCAAGUACUAUACUAGUUAUACUGGAUCCGGUAGGGUGAGAUCCGAUUGGCAAAAGUUUUUUUUGCUUACCACUCAUAUAUCUGUGUAAAUGACUACGGGGUUGUUGGUGUAGGGUGCAAUAAUUUUUGUAUUGUUUCUUGGAGUCAUACACUAGUGGUUAUAGCUGCUUCUUUUCUUCUUC